UCGUGCCGCGCCGCGCCGGACGGCUCGGUCGGGACCCGCCGCCAGGAAUCCGCCGUCGGGUCGGGUUGGGCAGGACCGGCGCCGCGCUGGGCAUGGCCGUGCCGGGGAGCUGAAAGUCCCGAACCCGCAGGUUGGGAAGGUGAAACAACGAUUGCUGAAAAGUCCACAAGUGAAGGCAGAGGAAUUCCUGGGGCGGUUCCAGCCAGGACCAGAGUCCCAGCAAGAUGGAUAAGGAAGAGGAGACCCGGGAGAUCCUCCUCCCCAGCUGGCAAGGCAGUGGCUCCCACGGGAUCACCAUUGACCAGACUGAUGAUGGAGUCUUUGUGAAGCAAGUGCAGCAGAACUCCCCUGCUGCCAAAAUGGGAGUCGUGAAGGAAGGGGAUCAGAUUGUGAGUGCUACAAUCUAUUUUGACAACUUGCAGUCUGGGGAAGUCACGCAGCUGCUCAACAGCAUGGGCCACCACACUGUGGGUCUGCGUUUGCAGCGAAAAGGGGACAAGUCUCCACUGCCGGGACAGUCAUGGUCACACGACGUAUUUGCAGCCAGCAGCCCAGAAGUUGUUCUGAGUGCGGAUGAUGAUGAGUACAGGAGGAUUUACACAAAGAAAAUUAAACCACGACUGAAGUCGGAUGAUGCACUAGAAAUAGAGUCUGGUGGAACCCAGAGCAGGACCAUUACGGUCACCAGAAAGGUCACAGCAUACACUGUCGACGUUAGUAGGCAUGAAGGAGCAAAGAGUAUCGACACCAGCAGCCCAGAUUUUAAAACUGGGAUCCCAAAACAGGAAAUCACCCAUGUCACAAAGACCGAUGUUGAAACAGAGCCUGGGAAAACUGUGAUCAAAAUUGCAUCAGGAGAUUUGUCUGGGAAAAACAUGCAAACAGACUUGAGUAUGGACAUCAGAGGGGCAUCUCCUGGCAUUUCAUACACUGGACCGACAAUUGAAUCCUCAACCAGGAAGCUGGAUGUCCACAUGGGCAAGGCUCAGGUUGGAAAGCCUGAGAUAACUGUUUCAGGGACACAAGUCACCGGUGUUCACUUGAGGACUCAGAUGGACUCUAAACUGUCAGAGAUCCAAAUUCCAGGUGGGGAAAUUGGAAAAUCUGUUACAAUGCAGGUGCCAGGACUUAGCAUUUCUGGUACUGAAUUCCACGGCCCUGAAGGCAGCCUUCCCAGAACUCAUGCAAAUGGACAGACAGGAAACCUGGAUGCAGAUUUUCAUGCUAAGGGCCCCAAACUGGAUGGUAAAAUGCACGUUUCUGGCAUGGAUAUCCAAAGAGAACCGCUAGGGGGCAAACAGUCACAAGCUAAUAUUCCUGGCCCUAGUAUUCAGAGAGAUACCAAAGCCCCUGGAGUGGAUAUUUCUUUACCGAUGGUCGAAAGUCCAGAUGUCGAUGUUGGAAAAAUAAAGAUUCCUGCUAUGAAAAUGCCCAAAUUUGGGUUUUCCACUCUGGGUUCUGGCAUCGAUGUUCAGGCUAUGCAGGGAGGCACGGACAUUCCCAUGCCAAAGUUGCAGACUCCUCACAUGGAUGUUCCUGCCCCAUCUGCCCAUAUCAUGGGCUCCAGAGUUUCAUCCUCUUCAGGGGAAGGAGUUAAAGUCACAAAGCCACAGGUGGAUAUGGGGCUGAAAGGUGCUGUGAAACUCCCUUCCUCAGCACUGGAAGUCCCUGGAGUGGAUAUCAAAGGACCCAGUACUGAGCUCAUAGCUCCUGACACAGAUAUCCAAGGUGGCAGGGGAAAACUAAAAAUACCCCAUAUGACACUACCAAAAUUUACUGCAUUGGACUCCCAAGGAGAACGUCCUACCGUGGAAGUGGUGCUCCCAAAGGGGGAGAUGGGACUGGAAGCACUUGAGGUACAUGGUGACACGCCUGAUGUUUCCAUCAAAGGAGAAUGGAAAGCUCCCAAAUUCAGGAAGACUGAAACACCCAAGAUAUCUAUGUCUGAUGUAAAUCUGAAUCUGAAAGGUGCUCACCUGAAGGGAGAUGCGAGUGUCACAGUCCCAAAAAUAGAAGGGGAUAUCAAAGGACUUGGCUUUGACUCGGAAGGACCCAAGAUUGAUGUUAAGGCUCCUGAUGUUGAGUUUGAAUGUCCAGAAGGUUACUUGAAAGGGCCUGGUAUUUCAAUGCCUACCAAAGUAACCAUGCCAGAUAUGGACACUAAUGUGAAGGGACCUCAGCUGAAAGGAGAGGUGGAUGUUUCUAUCCCAGAGAUAAGUGGCAAGUUGAAAGGACCUCAGAUGGAUAUUGAAGGCCCCAAACUGAGAAUGGAUAUGCCUGAAAUAGAUGUUAAAGGCCCCAAAGUGACGAUGCCAGAGAUGCACGUCAAGACCCCACAGAUCUCCAUGCCUGACAUUGACUUGAAUCUGAAAGGCCCCAAAGUGAAAGGAGACCUAGAUGUUUCUGGCCCCAGACUAGAAGGGGAGCUGAAAGCACCUGGACUUGACCUCAAAGGCCCCAGAGUUGACCUCGAAGCACCAGACGUGGACAUUCAUGGCCCAGAAGGUAAACUGAAGAUGCCUAAGCUGAAAAUGCCCAAGUUUGGGGUGCCCGGCCUGAAGGGAGAGGGCCCUGACAUUGAUGUGACGCUUCCAAAGGGUGAGGUGGGUGUUUCUGGUCCCAGGGUAGACACUGAUGUGCCAAGCUUGGACAUUGAAGGGCCAGGAGGAAAACUGAAAGGCCCCAAGCUGAAAAUGCCUGAGAUGAUGCACAUUGACGCACCAAAGGUCUCUGUGCCAGAUGUUGAUCUGAAUUUGAAAGGCCCCAAAGUGAAGGGUGAUGUGGAUGUCUCCAUCCCCUUGGUAGGUGCUGAUUUGAAGGGUCCUGGAUUAGAGCUCAAAGGUCCCAAAGUUGACCUUGAAGCACCAGACAUGGACAUUCACGGCCCAGAGGGUAGACUGAAGAUGCCUAAACUGAAAAUGCCCAAGUUUGGGGUGCCUGGCCUGAAAGGAGAGGGGCCAGAAGUGGAAGUGAAACUUCCUAAGGGAGGUGUAGAAGUCUCUGGUGCAAAGGUAGAUGCUGACAUUGCUAGUUUAGACAUCAAAGGCCCCGAAGGAAAACUCAAAGGCCCCAAAGUGACGAUGCCAGAGAUGCACGUCAAGACCCCACAGAUCUCCAUGCCUGACAUUGACUUGAAUCUGAAAGGCCCCAAAGUGAAAGGAGACCUAGAUGUUUCUGGCCCCAGACUAGAAGGGGAGCUGAAAGCACCUGGACUUGACCUCAAAGGCCCCAGAGUUGACCUCGAAGCACCAGACGUGGACAUUCAUGGCCCAGAAGGUAAACUGAAGAUGCCUAAGCUGAAAAUGCCCAAGUUUGGGGUGCCCGGCCUGAAGGGAGAGAGCCCUGACAUUGAUGUGACGCUUUCAAAGGGUGAGGUGGGUGUUUCUGGUCCCAGGGUAGACACUGAUGUGCCAAGCUUGGACAUUGAAGGGCCAGGAGGAAAACUGAAAGGCCCCAAGCUGAAAAUGCCUGAGAUGAUGCACAUUGACGCACCAAAGGUCUCUGUGCCAGAUGUUGAUCUGAAUUUGAAAGGCCCCAAAGUGAAGGGUGAUGUGGAUGUCUCCAUCCCCUUGGUAGGUGCUGAUUUGAAGGGUCCUGGAUUAGAGCUCAAAGGUCCCAAAGUUGACCUUGAAGCACCAGACAUGGACAUUCACGGCCCAGAGGGUAGACUGAAGAUGCCUAAACUGAAAAUGCCCAAGUUUGGGGUGCCUGGCCUGAAAGGAGAGGGGCCAGAAGUGGAAGUGAAACUUCCUAAGGGAGGUGUAGAAGUCUCUGGUGCAAAGGUAGAUGCUGACAUUGCUAGUUUAGACAUCAAAGGCCCCGAAGGAAAACUCAAAGGCCCCAAAGUGACGAUGCCAGAGAUGCACGUCAAGACCCCACAGAUCUCCAUGCCUGACAUUGACUUGAAUCUGAAAGGCCCCAAAGUGAAAGGAGACCUAGAUGUUUCUGGCCCCAGACUAGAAGGGGAGCUGAAAGCACCUGGACUUGACCUCAAAGGCCCCAGAGUUGACCUCGAAGCACCAGACGUGGACAUUCAUGGCCCAGAAGGUAAACUGAAGAUGCCUAAGCUGAAAAUGCCCAAGUUUGGGGUGCCCGGCCUGAAGGGAGAGGGCCCUGACAUUGAUGUGACGCUUCCAAAGGGUGAGGUGGGUGUUUCUGGUCCCAGGGUAGACACUGAUGUGCCAAGCUUGGACAUUGAAGGGCCAGAAGGAAAAGCAAGAAGUCUCAAAUUUAAAUUGCCUGAGCUAAAUAUUCAGACACCUAAAAUCUCCAUGCCAGAUGUAGAUCUCAGUUUGAAGGCCCCCAAACUGAAAGGAGAUGCAGAUAUUUCUGGUCUAAAGACCCAUGGAGACCUCAAGGGGCCCAAAAUGGAUGUGGAAGGUCCCAAAGUGGAUGUUGAUUUGCCUGAUGUAGACUUGGAAUGCCCAGAAGGGAAAAUAAAAGGCCCCAAAUUUAAAAUGCCUAAGCUCAACAUCAAAGCACCUAAAAUAUCCAUGCCUGAUGUUGAUCUGAACCUGAAGGGGCAUAAGGUGACAGGAGAGAUGGAUGUUUCUGCUCCAAAGAUAGAAGGGGACUUGAAAGAGAGUGGUGUUACUAUCAAGGGUCCAAAAAUAGAUGUCAAGGUCCCAGGUGUUGACCUGGAAUGUCCAGAAACGAAAGUAAAAACGCCUAAAGUAAAGUUGCCUCAUUUUAAUGUGUCUGGCCCAAAGUUUGAGGGGGCUGACAUAGACGUAAAUCUGCCAAAAGGUGAAAUAGGUAUUUCUGGACCAGAGGCAGAAUUAGACACUGACGGACCAGAAGGAAAAUGGAAAGGACCUAAGUUCAGGAUGCCGAAGCUGAACAUUAGAACACCUAAAAUAUCCAUGCCAGAUGUAGAUUUGAACAUAAAAGGACGUAAAAUGAAAGGAGAAAUGGAUAUUACUGUUCCUAAGGUAGAAGGUGAUUUCAAAGGGCCAGAAAUAGACUUUAAAGGGCCCAAAUGUGAUGUGGAGGCACCUGAUAUUGAUUUGGAGUGCCCUGAAGGAAAACUGAAAGGUCCCAAGUUUAAGAUGCCGGAAAUGCACAUCAAGGCACCCAAGAUCUCCAUGCCGGACGUUGACUUUAACCUGAAGGGCCCCAAGCUGAAGGGUGACGUGGACGUGUCUGUCCCGAAGCUCGAGGGUGACCUGAGGGGUCCCGAGGUGGACAUCAAGGGCCCCAAAGUGGACAUUGAGGCGCCCGACGUGGAUAUUCACGGCCCAGAAGGAAAACUCAAAAUGCCCAAGUUCAAGAUGCCCAAGUUUGGGCUGCCGGGGCUGAAGGGAGAAGGCCCGGAGGUGGACGUGAACCUGCCAAAGGGAGACCUGGAGGUUUCCGGUCCGAAGGUGGAUAUUGAGUUGCCAACUGCAGACAGUGAGGGUCUUGAAGGAAAACUGAAAGGUCCCAAAGUUAAGAUGCCGGAAAUGAAUUUCAGUGUUCCCAAGAUCUCCAUGCCUGACAUUGAUCUGAAACUGAAGGGGCCCAAAGUGAAGGGGGCCACUGAUGUUUCUGUUCCAACAGUAGAAGGUGAUUUGAAAGGACCCGAUUUGAAUGUUAAAGGUCCAAAAUUAGAUGUAGACAUUUCUGAUCUUGAUAUUGAAGGUCCUGAGGGAAAAGGGAAAGGACUCAAGAUUAAAAUGCCUGAAAUGCAUAUUAAGGCACCUAAAUUUUCAAUGCCUGAUGUAGACUUCAAUUUGAAAGGUCCCAAAAUGAAGGGAGAAAUGGAUGUGUCUGUACCAAAAAUAGAGGGUGAUUUGAAGGAGGCCAAUGUGCACCUUAAAGGUUCCAAAGUAGACAUAGAGGUUCCUGACAUGGACAGUGAGGGCCCUGAAGGAAAGUUAAAGGGUCCCAAAUUUAAGAUGCCAGAGAUGCAUUUUAAAGCCCCCCAAAUCUCCAUGCCAGACUUUGAUCUGAACCUGAAAGGCCCCAAAGUGAAGGGGGAUGUGGAUGUUUCUGCUCCAAAAAUAGAGGGUGAGUUGAAAGGCCCAGAAGUUGACAUCAAAGGCCCUAAACUGGAUAUUGAUGUUCCUGAUGUUGACCUAGAGUGUCCAGAAGCAAAGGUGAAAGGCCCCAAAGUCAAGGUGCCUGAAAUGCACUUCAAGACACCAAAGAUCUCCAUGCCAGACAUUGAUCUGAACCUGAGAGGCCCCAAGCUGAAAGGGGAUUUGGAGGUUUCAGCUCCCAAACUAGAGGGUGACUUGAAAGGUCCAGAGGUGGAUAUCAGAGGUCUUCAGCAGGACAUAGAAGCUCCUGAUGUGCAUAUAGAGGUCCCAGAGGGGAAGCUGAGAGGUCCCAAAUAUAAGAAGCCUGACAUGCAUUUUAAGGCUCCCAAGAUCUCCAUGACGGACUUUGAUCUGAACCUGAAAGGUCCAAAAGUGAAAGGAGACAUGGAUGUUUCAAUUCCUGGGUUAGAUGGCAACAUGAAAGGGCCUGAGGUAAAUGUAAAAGGUCCAAAAGUGGAUGUAGAAGUUCCUGACAUAGAGCUGGAAUGUCCAGAAGGAAAGGCAAAGGGUCCCAAAUUAAAGCUACCCGAAAUACAUUUCAAGACACCCCAAAUUGCUAUGCCAGACAUUGACCUAAAUAUGAAGGGCACAAAAAUGAAAGGGGAAGUGGACAUUACCCUUCCAAAAUUAGAGGGGGACUUAAAGGGAACGGAAAUUGCCCUCAAAGAACCAAAACUAAAUGUCGAUGUUCCUGAUACUGAGCUGGAAGUUACAGAAGGGAAGCUGAAGAGCCCCAAGUUUAAGAUGCCGGAAAUGCACAUCAAGGCACCCAAGAUCUCCAUGCCGGACGUUGACUUUAACCUGAAGGGCCCCAAGCUGAAGGGUGACGUGGACGUGUCUGUCCCGAAGCUCGAGGGUGACCUGAGGGGUCCCGAGGUGGACAUUGAGGCGCCCGACGUGGAUAUUCACGGCCCAGAAGGAAAACUCAAAAUGCCCAAGUUCAAGAUGCCCAAGUUUGGGCUGCCGGGGCUGAAGGGAGAAGGCCCGGAGGUGGACGUGAACCUGCCAAAGGGAGACCUGGAGGUUUCCGGUCCGAAGGUGGAUAUCGAGGGCCCGGAGCUGGACGUGGAAGGGCCAGAGGGGAAGCUGAAGGGCCCCAAGUUUAAGAUGCCGGAAAUGCAGUUCAAGGCACCCAAGAUCUCCAUGCCGGAUGUUGACUUAAACCUGAAGGGCCCCAAGCUGAAGGGUGACGUGGACGUGUCUGUCCCGAAGCUCGAGGGUGACCUGAGGGGUCCCGAGGUGGACAUCAAGGGCCCCAAAGUGGACAUUGAGGCGCCCGACGUGGAUAUUCACGGCCCAGAAGGAAAACUCAAAAUGCCCAAGUUCAAGAUGCCCAAGUUUGGGCUGCCGGGGCUGAAGGGAGAAGGCCCGGAGGUGGACGUGAACCUGCCAAAGGGAGACCUGGAGGUUUCCGGUCCGAAGGUGGAUAUCAAGGGCCCGGAGCUGGACGUGGAAGGGCCAGGGGGGAAGCUGAAGGGCCCCAAGUUUAAGAUGCCGGAAAUGCACAUCAAGGCACCCAAGAUCUCCAUGCCGGACGUUGACUUUAACCUGAAGGGCCCCAAGCUGAAGGGUGACGUGGACGUGUCUGUCCCGAAGCUCGAGGGUGACCUGAGGGGUCCCGAGGUGGACAUCAAGGGCCCCAAAGUGGACAUUGAGGCGCCCGACGUGGAUAUUCACGGCCCAGAAGGAAAACUCAAAAUGCCCAAGUUCAAGAUGCCCAAGUUUGGGCUGCCGGGGCUGAAGGGAGAAGGCCCGGAGGUGGACGUGAACCUGCCAAAGGGAAACCUGGAGGUUUCUGGUCCGAAGGUGGAUAUCGAGGGCCCGGAGCUGGACGUGGAAGGGCCAGAGGGGAAGCUGAAGGGCCCCAAGUUUAAGAUGCCGGAAAUGCACAUCAAGGCACCCAAGAUCUCCAUGCCGGACGUUGACUUUAACCUGAAGGGCCCCAAGCUGAAGGGUGACGUGGACGUGUCUGUCCCGAAGCUCGAGGGUGACCUGAGGGGUCCCGAGGUGGACAUUGAGGCGCCCGACGUGGAUAUUCACGGCCCAGAAGGAAAACUCAAAAUGCCCAAGUUCAAGAUGCCCAAGUUUGGGCUGCCGGGGCUGAAGGGAGAAGGCCCGGAGGUGGACGUGAACCUGCCAAAGGGAGACCUGGAGGUUUCCGGUCCGAAGGUGGAUAUCGAGGGCCCGGAGCUGGACGUGGAAGGGCCAGAGGGGAAGCUGAAGGGCCCCAAGUUUAAGAUGCCGGAAAUGCACAUCAAGGCACCCAAGAUCUCCAUGCCAGACGUUGACUUAAACCUGAAGGGCCCCAAGCUGAAGGGUGACGUGGACGUGUCUGUCCCGAAGCUCGAGGGUGACCUGAGGGGUCCCGAGGUGGACAUUGAGGCGCCCGACGUGGAUAUUCACGGCCCAGAAGGAAAACUCAAAAUGCCCAAGUUCAAGAUGCCCAAGUUUGGGCUGCCGGGGCUGAAGGGAGAAGGCCCGGAGGUGGACGUGAACCUGCCAAAGGGAGACCUGGAGGUUUCCGGUCCGAAGGUGGAUAUCGAGGGCCCGGAGCUGGACGUGGAAGGGCCAGAGGGGAAGCUGAAGGGCCCCAAGUUUAAGAUGCCGGAAAUGCACAUCAAGGCACCCAAGAUCUCCAUGCCGGACGUUGACUUUAACCUGAAGGGCCCCAAGCUGAAGGGUGACGUGGACGUGUCUGUCCCGAAGCUCGAGGGUGACCUGAGGGGUCCCGAGGUGGACAUCAAGGGCCCCAAAGUGGACAUUGAGGCACCCGACGUGGAUAUUCACGGCCCAGAAGGAAAACUCAAAAUGCCCAAGUUCAAGAUGCCCAAGUUUGGGCUGCCGGGGCUGAAGGGAGAAGGCCCGGAGGUGGACGUGAACCUGCCAAAGGGAGACCUGGAGGUUUCCGGUCCGAAGGUGGAUAUCGAGGGCCCGGAGCUGGACGUGGAAGGGCCAGAGGGGAAGCUGAAGGGCCCCAAGUUUAAGAUGCCGGAAAUGCACUUCAAGGCACCCAAGAUCUCCAUGCCGGACGUUGACUUAAACCUGAAGGGCCCCAAGCUGAAGGGUGACGUGGACGUGUCUGUCCCGAAGCUCGAGGGUGACCUGAGGGGUCCCGAGGUGGACAUUGAGGCGCCCGACGUGGAUAUUCACGGCCCAGAAGGAAAACUCAAAAUGCCCAAGUUCAAGAUGCCCAAGUUUGGGCUGCCGGGGCUGAAGGGAGAAGGCCCGGAGGUGGACGUGAACCUGCCAAAGGGAGACCUGGAGGUUUCCGGUCCGAAGGUGGAUAUCGAGGGCCCGGAGCUGGACGUGGAAGGGCCAGAGGGGAAGCUGAAGGGCCCCAAGUUUAAGAUGCCGGAAAUGCACUUCAAGGCACCCAAGAUCUCCAUGCCGGAUGUUGACUUAAACCUGAAGGGCCCCAAGCUGAAGGGUGACGUGGACGUGUCUGUCCCGAAGCUCGAGGGUGACCUGAGGGGUCCCGAGGUGGACAUCAAGGGCCCCAAAGUGGACAUUGAGGCACCCGACGUGGAUAUUCACGGCCCAGAAGGAAAACUCAAAAUGCCCAAGUUCAAGAUGCCCAAGUUUGGGCUGCCGGGGCUGAAGGGAGAAGGCCCGGAGGUGGACGUGAACCUGCCAAAGGGAGACCUGGAGGUUUCCGGUCCGAAGGUGGAUAUCGAGGGCCCGGAGCUGGACGUGGAAGGGCCAGAGGGGAAGCUGAAGGGCCCCAAGUUUAAGAUGCCGGAAAUGCACUUCAAGGCACCCAAGAUCUCCAUCCCGGACGUUGACUUAAACCUGAAGGGCCCCAAGCUGAAGGGUGACGUGGACGUGUCUGUCCCGAAGCUCGAGGGUGACCUGAGGGGUCCCGAGGUGGACAUUGAGGCGCCCGACGUGGAUAUUCACGGCCCAGAAGGAAAACUCAAAAUGCCCAAGUUCAAGAUGCCCAAGUUUGGGCUGCCGGGGCUGAAGGGAGAAGGCCCGGAGGUGGACGUGAACCUGCCAAAGGGAGACCUGGAGGUUUCCGGUCCGAAGGUGGAUAUCGAGGGCCCGGAGCUGGACGUGGAAGGGCCAGAGGGGAAGCUGAAGGGCCCCAAGUUUAAGAUGCCGGAAAUGCACUUCAAGGCACCCAAAAUCUCCAUGCCGGACGUUGACUUAAACCUGAAGGGCCCCAAGCUGAAGGGUGACGUGGACGUGUCUGUCCCGAAGCUCGAGGGUGACCUGAGGGGUCCCGAGGUGGACAUCAAGGGCCCCAAAGUGGACAUUGAGGCACCCGACGUGGAUAUUCACGGCCCAGAAGGAAAACUCAAAAUGCCCAAGUUCAAGAUGCCCAAGUUUGGGCUGCCGGGGCUGAAGGGAGAAGGCCCGGAGGUGGACGUGAACCUGCCAAAGGGAGACCUGGAGGUUUCCGGUCCGAAGGUGGAUAUCGAGGGCCCGGAGCUGGACGUGGAAGGGCCAGAGGGGAAGCUGAAGGGCCCCAAGUUUAAGAUGCCGGAAAUGCACUUCAAGGCACCCAAGAUCUCCAUGCCGGACGUUGACUUAAACCUGAAGGGCCCCAAGCUGAAGGGUGACGUGGACGUGUCUGUCCCGAAGCUCGAGGGUGACCUGAGGGGUCCCGAGGUGGACAUUGAGGCGCCCGACGUGGAUAUUCACGGCCCAGAAGGAAAACUCAAAAUGCCCAAGUUCAAGAUGCCCAAGUUUGGGCUGCCGGGGCUGAAGGGAGAAGGCCCGGAGGUGGACGUGAACCUGCCAAAGGGAGACCUGGAGGUUUCCGGUCCGAAGGUGGAUAUCGAGGGCCCGGAGCUGGACGUGGAAGGGCCAGAGGGGAAGCUGAAGGGCCCCAAGUUUAAGAUGCCGGAAAUGCACUUCAAGGCACCCAAGAUCUCCAUGCCGGACGUUGACUUAAACCUGAAGGGCCCCAAGCUGAAGGGUGACGUGGACGUGUCUGUCCCGAAGCUCGAGGGUGACCUGAGGGGUCCCGAGGUGGACAUCAAGGGCCCCAAAGUGGACAUUGAGGCACCCGACGUGGAUAUUCACGGCCCAGAAGGAAAACUCAAAAUGCCCAAGUUCAAGAUGCCCAAGUUUGGGCUGCCGGGGCUGAAGGGAGAAGGCCCGGAGGUGGACGUGAACCUGCCAAAGGGAGACCUGGAGGUUUCCGGUCCGAAGGUGGAUAUCGAGGGCCCGGAGCUGGACGUGGAAGGGCCAGAGGGGAAGCUGAAGGGCCCCAAGUUUAAGAUGCCGGAAAUGCACUUCAAGGCACCCAAGAUCUCCAUGCCGGACGUUGACUUAAACCUGAAGGGCCCCAAGCUGAAGGGUGACGUGGACGUGUCUGUCCCGAAGCUCGAGGGUGACCUGAGGGGUCCCGAGGUGGACAUUGAGGCGCCCGACGUGGAUAUUCACGGCCCAGAAGGAAAACUCAAAAUGCCCAAGUUCAAGAUGCCCAAGUUUGGGCUGCCGGGGCUGAAGGGAGAAGGCCCGGAGGUGGACGUGAACCUGCCAAAGGGAGACCUGGAGGUUUCCGGUCCGAAGGUGGAUAUCGAGGGCCCGGAGCUGGACGUGGAAGGGCCAGAGGGGAAGCUGAAGGGCCCCAAGUUUAAGAUGCCGGAAAUGCACUUCAAGGCACCCAAGAUCUCCAUGCCGGACGUUGACUUAAACCUGAAGGGCCCCAAGCUGAAGGGUGACGUGGACGUGUCUGUCCCGAAGCUCGAGGGUGACCUGAGGGGUCCCGAGGUGGACAUCAAGGGCCCCAAAGUGGACAUUGAGGCACCCGACGUGGAUAUUCACGGCCCAGAAGGAAAACUCAAAAUGCCCAAGUUCAAGAUGCCCAAGUUUGGGCUGCCGGGGCUGAAGGGAGAAGGCCCGGAGGUGGACGUGAACCUGCCAAAGGGAGACCUGGAGGUUUCCGGUCCGAAGGUGGAUAUCGAGGGCCCGGAGCUGGACGUGGAAGGGCCAGAGGGGAAGCUGAAGGGCCCCAAGUUUAAGAUGCCGGAAAUGCACUUCAAGGCACCCAAGAUCUCCAUCCCGGACGUUGACUUAAACCUGAAGGGCCCCAAGCUGAAGGGUGACGUGGACGUGUCUGUCCCGAAGCUCGAGGGUGACCUGAGGGGUCCCGAGGUGGACAUUGAGGCGCCCGACGUGGAUAUUCACGGCCCAGAAGGAAAACUCAAAAUGCCCAAGUUCAAGAUGCCCAAGUUUGGGCUGCCGGGGCUGAAGGGAGAAGGCCCGGAGGUGGACGUGAACCUGCCAAAGGGAGACCUGGAGGUUUCCGGUCCGAAGGUGGAUAUCGAGGGCCCGGAGCUGGACGUGGAAGGGCCAGAGGGGAAGCUGAAGGGCCCCAAGUUUAAGAUGCCGGAAAUGCACUUCAAGGCACCCAAAAUCUCCAUGCCGGACGUUGACUUAAACCUGAAGGGCCCCAAGCUGAAGGGUGACGUGGACGUGUCUGUCCCGAAGCUCGAGGGUGACCUGAGGGGUCCCGAGGUGGACAUCAAGGGCCCCAAAGUGGACAUUGAGGCACCCGACGUGGAUAUUCACGGCCCAGAAGGAAAACUCAAAAUGCCCAAGUUCAAGAUGCCCAAGUUUGGGCUGCCGGGGCUGAAGGGAGAAGGCCCGGAGGUGGACGUGAACCUGCCAAAGGGAGACCUGGAGGUUUCCGGUCCGAAGGUGGAUAUCGAGGGCCCGGAGCUGGACGUGGAAGGGCCAGAGGGGAAGCUGAAGGGCCCCAAGUUUAAGAUGCCGGAAAUGCACUUCAAGGCACCCAAGAUCUCCAUGCCGGACGUUGACUUAAACCUGAAGGGCCCCAAGCUGAAGGGUGACGUGGACGUGUCUGUCCCGAAGCUCGAGGGUGACCUGAGGGGUCCCGAGGUGGACAUUGAGGCGCCCGACGUGGAUAUUCACGGCCCAGAAGGAAAACUCAAAAUGCCCAAGUUCAAGAUGCCCAAGUUUGGGCUGCCGGGGCUGAAGGGAGAAGGCCCGGAGGUGGACGUGAACCUGCCAAAGGGAGACCUGGAGGUUUCCGGUCCGAAGGUGGAUAUCGAGGGCCCGGAGCUGGACGUGGAAGGGCCAGAGGGGAAGCUGAAGGGCCCCAAGUUUAAGAUGCCGGAAAUGCACUUCAAGGCACCCAAGAUCUCCAUGCCGGACGUUGACUUAAACCUGAAGGGCCCCAAGCUGAAGGGUGACGUGGACGUGUCUGUCCCGAAGCUCGAGGGUGACCUGAGGGGUCCCGAGGUGGACAUCAAGGGCCCCAAAGUGGACAUUGAGGCACCCGACGUGGAUAUUCACGGCCCAGAAGGAAAACUCAAAAUGCCCAAGUUCAAGAUGCCCAAGUUUGGGCUGCCGGGGCUGAAGGGAGAAGGCCCGGAGGUGGACGUGAACCUGCCAAAGGGAGACCUGGAGGUUUCCGGUCCGAAGGUGGAUAUCGAGGGCCCGGAGCUGGACGUGGAAGGGCCAGAGGGGAAGCUGAAGGGCCCCAAGUUUAAGAUGCCGGAAAUGCACUUCAAGGCACCCAAGAUCUCCAUGCCGGACGUUGACUUAAACCUGAAGGGCCCCAAGCUGAAGGGUGACGUGGACGUGUCUGUCCCGAAGCUCGAGGGUGACCUGAGGGGUCCCGAGGUGGACAUUGAGGCGCCCGACGUGGAUAUUCACGGCCCAGAAGGAAAACUCAAAAUGCCCAAGUUCAAGAUGCCCAAGUUUGGGCUGCCGGGGCUGAAGGGAGAAGGCCCGGAGGUGGACGUGAACCUGCCAAAGGGAGACCUGGAGGUUUCCGGUCCGAAGGUGGAUAUCGAGGGCCCGGAGCUGGACGUGGAAGGGCCAGAGGGGAAGCUGAAGGGCCCCAAGUUUAAGAUGCCGGAAAUGCACUUCAAGGCACCCAAGAUCUCCAUGCCGGACGUUGACUUAAACCUGAAGGGCCCCAAGCUGAAGGGUGACGUGGACGUGUCUGUCCCGAAGCUCGAGGGUGACCUGAGGGGUCCCGAGGUGGACAUCAAGGGCCCCAAAGUGGACAUUGAGGCACCCGACGUGGAUAUUCACGGCCCAGAAGGAAAACUCAAAAUGCCCAAGUUCAAGAUGCCCAAGUUUGGGCUGCCGGGGCUGAAGGGAGAAGGCCCGGAGGUGGACGUGAACCUGCCAAAGGGAGACCUGGAGGUUUCCGGUCCGAAGGUGGAUAUCGAGGGCCCGGAGCUGGACGUGGAAGGGCCAGAGGGGAAGCUGAAGGGCCCCAAGUUUAAGAUGCCGGAAAUGCACUUCAAGGCACCCAAGAUCUCCAUGCCGGACGUUGACUUAAACCUGAAGGGCCCCAAGCUGAAGGGUGACGUGGACGUGUCUGUCCCGAAGCUCGAGGGUGACCUGAGGGGUCCCGAGGUGGACAUUGAGGCGCCCGACGUGGAUAUUCACGGCCCAGAAGGAAAACUCAAAAUGCCCAAGUUCAAGAUGCCCAAGUUUGGGCUGCCGGGGCUGAAGGGAGAAGGCCCGGAGGUGGAUGUGAACCUGCCAAAGGGAGACCUGGAGGUUUCCGGUCCGAAGGUGGAUAUCGAGGGCCCGGAGCUGGACGUGGAAGGGCCAGAGGGGAAGCUGAAGGGCCCCAAGUUUAAGAUGCCGGAAAUGCACUUCAAGGCACCCAAAAUCUCCAUGCCGGACGUUGACUUAAACCUGAAGGGCCCCAAGCUGAAGGGUGACGUGGACGUGUCUGUCCCGAAGCUCGAGGGUGACCUGAGGGGUCCCGAGGUGGACAUCAAGGGCCCCAAAGUGGACAUUGAGGCGCCCGACGUGGAUAUUCACGGCCCAGAAGGAAAACUCAAAAUGCCCAAGUUCAAGAUGCCCAAGUUUGGGCUGCCGGGGCUGAAGGGAGAAGGCCCGGAGGUGGACGUGAACCUGCCAAAGGGAGACCUGGAGGUUUCCGGUCCGAAGGUGGAUAUCGAGGGCCCGGAGCUGGACGUGGAAGGGCCAGAGGGGAAGCUGAAGGGCCCCAAGUUUAAGAUGCCGGAAAUGCACAUCAAGGCACCCAAGAUCUCCAUGCCGGACGUUGACUUAAACCUGAAGGGCCCCAAGCUGAAGGGUGACGUGGACGUGUCUGUCCCGAAGCUCGAGGGUGACCUGAGGGGUCCCGAGGUGGACAUCAAGGGCCCCAAAGUGGACAUUGAGGCGCCCGACGUGGAUAUUCACGGCCCAGAAGGAAAACUCAAAAUGCCCAAGUUCAAGAUGCCCAAGUUUGGGCUGCCGGGGCUGAAGGGAGAAGGCCCGGAGGUGGACGUGAACCUGCCAAAGGGAGACCUGGAGGUUUCCGGUCCGAAGGUGGAUAUCGAGGGCCCGGAGCUGGACGUGGAAGGGCCAGAGGGGAAGCUGAAGGGCCCCAAGUUUAAGAUGCCGGAAAUGCACAUCAAGGCACCCAAGAUCUCCAUGCCGGACGUUGACUUAAACCUGAAGGGCCCCAAGCUGAAGGGUGACGUGGACGUGUCUGUCCCGAAGCUCGAGGGUGACCUGAGGGGUCCCGAGGUGGACAUCAAGGGCCCCAAAGUGGACAUUGAGGCGCCCGACGUGGAUAUUCACGGCCCAGAAGGAAAACUCAAAAUGCCCAAGUUCAAGAUGCCCAAGUUUGGGCUGCCGGGGCUGAAGGGAGAAGGCCCGGAGGUGGACGUGAACCUGCCAAAGGGAGACCUGGAGGUUUCCGGUCCGAAGGUGGAUAUCGAGGGCCCGGAGCUGGACGUGGAAGGGCCAGAGGGGAAGCUGAAGGGCCCCAAGUUUAAGAUGCCGGAAAUGCACAUCAAGGCACCCAAGAUCUCCAUGCCGGACGUUGACUUAAACCUGAAGGGCCCCAAGCUGAAGGGUGACGUGGACGUGUCUGUCCCGAAGCUCGAGGGUGACCUGAGGGGUCCCGAGGUGGACAUUGAGGCGCCCGACGUGGAUAUUCACGGCCCAGAAGGAAAACUCAAAAUGCCCAAGUUCAAGAUGCCCAAGUUUGGGCUGCCGGGGCUGAAGGGAGAAGGCCCGGAGGUGGACGUGAACCUGCCAAAGGGAGACCUGGAGGUUUCCGGUCCGAAGGUGGAUAUCGAGGGCCCGGAGCUGGACGUGGAAGGGCCAGAGGGGAAGCUGAAGGGCCCCAAGUUUAAGAUGCCGGAAAUGCACAUCAAGGCACCCAAGAUCUCCAUGCCGGACGUUGACUUUAACCUGAAGGGCCCCAAGCUGAAGGGUGACGUGGACGUGUCUGUCCCGAAGCUCGAGGGUGACCUGAGGGGUCCCGAGGUGGACAUCAAGGGCCCCAAAGUGGACAUUGAGGCGCCCGACGUGGAUAUUCACGGCCCAGAAGGAAAACUCAAAAUGCCCAAGUUCAAGAUGCCCAAGUUUGGGCUGCCGGGGCUGAAGGGAGAAGGCCCGGAAGUUGAUGUAAAUCUACCUGAAGCGGACUUUGGUAUUACAGGUCCAAAAGUAGAUAUUAGCAUUCCUGAUUUGGACAUUGAAGGUGCGGAAGGUAACCUAAAGGGCCCUAAACACAAGAAGCCUGACAUGCAUUUCAGUGUUCCUAAAAUCUCCAUGCCAGAUAUUGAUUUAAAUUUGAAAGGUCCAAAAUUUAAGGCUGAUGUUGACGCUUCUGUUCCAAAAAUAGAAGGUGAGCUGAAAACUCCUAAGCUAGACAUGAAGGGUCCGGAAAUUGAGAUUGAGACACCAAAGCUUGAUAUAGAAGGAAAAUCUAAAAAAUCCAGGUUUAAACUUCCAAAGUUUGGGUUUUCUGGUCCUAAGGUGUCCAACCCUGAUAUGGAUGUGAAACUUAAAAAACCUGACAUUGAAGUAUCUGGUCCAAAAGUUGAUGGUCAUACUCCGGAUGUGGACGUGCAGGCAAAAACAAAAGGAUCGAAAUUUAAAAUGCCUUUUCUGAGUAUUUCUUCACCUAAGGUUUCAGUGCCAGAUGUGGAGCUAAAUCUGAAGGGGCAUAAACUGAAAGGAGAUAUAGAUGUCUCCAGUCCCAAGUUGGAAGGGGAACUGAAAGGAACUGACAUGGAUAUCAAGGGGCCCAGAGUCAACAUUGAGGCACCUGACACAGAUAUUCACGGGCUGGAGGGUAAACUCAAAAUGCCCAAGUUCAAAAUGCCCAAAUUUGGCUUGUCUGGAUUUAAAGCUGAGGGACCGGAGCUGGACAUUAGCAUUCCAAAAGGGGACCUUGAUGUUUCAGGUCCCAAGCUGGACGUGGAAGGCUCCAAACUGGAAAUUGAAGGGCCAGAGGGGAAUCUCAAGGGCCCCCAAGUCAAGAUGCCAGAAAUGCACAUAAAGAUGCCUAAGUUCUCCAUGCCUGACAUUGACCUGAAUCUGAAAGGCCCCAAAAUAAAGGGGGAUGGGGAUGUCGGUUAUUCGGAAGGGGUUCUGAAGGGAUCUGAAUUAGAUAUAAAAGGACCAAAAGUGGAUGUAGAGGUCCCUGACCUUGACAUUGAAGGCCCCGAAGGAAAACUGAAAGGACCCAAAUUUAAAAUGCCCGAAGUGAAUAUCAAGUCUCCCAAUAUUUCCAUGCCAGACUUUGAUUUGAAUUUGAAAGGUCCUAAGCUGAAAGGAGGUGUGGAUGUUGAUCUUUCAGUGCCCAAACCAGAAGGUGACUUGAGUGGGCCAGAAGUUAAUAUUAAAGGACCAAAGGUUGACAUCGAUGCUCCUGAACUGGAUGUUGAAGGGCCAGAAGGAAAAUGGAAAGGUCCCAAGUUUAAAAUGCCAGAGAUGCACAUAAAGUCUCCCAAAAUUUCAAUGCCCGAUAUUGACGUAAACUUUAAAGGUCCUAGGCUUAAAGGAGACAUAGAUGUUUCUGCCCCCAAACUAGAAGAGGAUUUUAAGGCUCCUGACAUCAAUAUUGGAGGCCCCAAGGUUGACACUGAUGUGCCAGAUGUGGACAUUCAUGGCCCAGAGGGUAAAUUCAAAAUGCCCAAAUUUGGAAUGCCUGGCUUCAAAGGGGACAGCACGGAGAUGGAUGUAAAUCUUCCAAAGGGAGAACUUGAUAUUUCCAUUCCCAAGGUGGACAUUGAUGCUCCAGAUCUGGACAUUAAAGGGCCAGAGGGCAAACUGAAGGGCCUUAAAUUCAAGAUGCCGGAGAUGCAGUUCAAGGCGCCUAAAAUCUCUAUGCCUGACAUUGAUUUGAAUCUGAAAGGCCCAAAGUUGAAAGGAGAGGUGGAUGUGCCAAAAGUAGAAGGUGAUUUGAAAGGUCCUGAACUGGAAAUAAAAGGACCUGAAGCAGACAUAGAUUUUCCUAAUGUGGAGAUCGAAGGACCAGAAGGAAAAUGGAAAGGCCCUAAACUGAAGAUGCCAGAGUUGCACUUUAAGGCUCCUAAAAUUUCUGUGCCGGACAUUGAUAUGAACCGAAAAGGUCUGAAAGUGAAGGGGGAUGUGGAUGUGUCUGUGCCAGCUGUGGAAGGUGAUUUGAAAGCACCAAAAGUUGAUAUUAAGGGCCCUGGUUUGGAUAUCAGUGCCCCAGAUGUUAAUAUUGAGGGCCCCGAAGGAAAGUUAAAGGGUCCCAAAUUUAAGAUGCCAGAGAUGCAUUUUAAAGCCCCCCAAAUCUCCAUGCCAGACUUUGAUCUGAACCUGAAAGGCCCCAAAGUGAAGGGGGAUGUGGAUGUUUCUGCUCCAAAAAUAGAGGGUGAGUUGAAAGGCCCAGAAGUUGACAUCAAAGGCCCUAAACUGGAUAUUGAUGUUCCUGAUGUUGACCUAGAGUGUCCAGAAGCAAAGGUGAAAGGCCCCAAAGUCAAGGUGCCUGAAAUGCACUUCAAGACACCAAAGAUCUCCAUGCCAGACAUUGAUCUGAACCUGAGAGGCCCCAAGCUGAAAGGGGAUUUGGAGGUUUCUGCACCUGAACUGGAAAGCCCUAAAGUUGAGAUCGAGGCCCCUGAUGUGGACAUUGAGGGCCCUGAGGGGAAGCUGAAGGGUCCUAAGUUUAAGAUGCCAGACAUGCACUUUAAAGCUCCCAAAAUCUCUAUGCCAGACUUUGAUCUGAAUUUGAAGGGCCCCAAAGUGAAAGGAGACUUGGAUACAUCGGUGUCAGGAAUGGAAUGUGAACUGAAAGGUCCAGAAGUUAUCAUUGGAGAUCCUAAAUUAGACAUAGAUCUCCCUGAUGUGGAUAUAGACAGCCCAGAGCCUAAAUUCAAGGUGCCUAAAUUAAAAAUGCCCAAGUUUGCAAUGCCUGGCUUCAAAGGAGAGGGGGCAGAUGUGAAUGUGAACCUGCCUAAGGGAGAUAAUGAAAUUUCCGGCCCUAACAUAGAUAUAGAGGCUCCUGAUUUGAUUAUGGAAGGAAAACUAAAAGGUCCCAAAUUUAAGAUGCCUGAAAUGCAUGUCAAGACACCGAAGAUUUCUGUGCCCGAUGUUGACUUUAAUCUGAAAGGCCCCAAGCUGAAGGGAGACCUGAAUGUCUCUGCAACAAAGUUGGAAGGGGAUUUGCAAUGUCCAGAAGUUGACAUCAAAGGCACAAAAUUGGAUGUUGAGGCACCUGACGUAAAUAUUGAAGGGCCAGAUGGAAAACUUAAAGGGUCCAGAAUCAAGACGCCUGACAUGCAUGUCAAGACUCUCCAGAUCUCUAUGCCAGACAUAGACCUGAACCUAAAGGGACCGAAGCUGAAAGACAAUGUUGAUGGUCCAUGUCCAAAACUCGAGAUAGAUGUGAAGGCUCCUGAAACUGAUGUUAAGGGCCCCAAAAUAGAUAUCGAGCGUGCAGAGGUUGAUGUUCACGGUUCAGAGGGAAAACUGAAAAUACCUAAAAUGAAGCUGCCGAAGUUUGGAAUGCCUGGCUUUAAAGGGGAAGGCCCUGAGGUGGACACAAACCUGCCAAAGACAGAGGCUGACCUUUCAGGUCCCAAGGUAGAUAUCGGUGUCCCAGAUGUAAGCAUUGAAGGUUCAGAAGGAAAACUGAAAAGUCCUAAACUUAAGAUGCCAGAAAUGCAUGCAACUGUUCCUAAAAUCUCAAUGCCUGAUAUAGACUUGAAUUUGAAAGGCCAUAAAACAAAGGGAGGCUUUGAUAUUACAUCCCCAAAGACUGAAGGUAAUCUAAAGGGUCCUGAAAUUGAUAUCAGAGUCCCAGAAUUUGGAGUCAAAGGUCCUGAAGUUGAUGUUGAGGGUCCCGAUGUGCAUGUUGAGGGCCUAGAGGCAAAUGUCAAACUUCCCAAGCAUAAGAAACCGAAAUUCGGGUUUGGGGUGAGAAGCCCAAAGGCAGAAAUCAAGGUUCCGGGUGCAGAGGUGGAUUUUCCGGAGGCUGAACUGAAUGUGGACUCUCCUGAUGUGAGUAUGUCUGGAAGAGGUAAGAGGAGCAAAUUCAAGAUGCCUAAACUUCAUAUGAGCGGUCCUAAAGUUAAAGGAAAGAAAGGUGCAUUUGAUGUGAAUCUCGCUGGUGGAGAGCUCGAUGCAAAUGUGAAAUCUCCAGAUCUGGAUAUGAAUGUAGCUGGUCCAGAUGUGACAAUAAAAGGUGAUGUUAGUGUGAAGUCUCCCAAAGGAAAGAAACCCAUGUUUGGGAAGAUCUCUUUCCCAGAUGUUGAAUUUGAUCUUAAAUCACACAGAUUCAGAGGGGACGCUUCUGUGGCAGUCCCAAAAACAGAAGGGGGACUUAAAGUGCCUGAUCCGGAAGUGUCCAUGUCAACCCUCAAAGGUGAGGUUAAAGGCCUGAGUCUCAAUAUGGAUGCUGAAGCUCCUGACGUGAGGCUGAAGAAACCCAAAAUUGAAGGUGACCUAAAAGAACCUACCAUUCAUGCUUCCGUUCCUUCGGUCACAGUGCCAGACCUCGACUUAAGUGUGAAAGGACCAAAAGUAAAAGGUGAAGUCAGUGUUCCUGCAGUAGAACUAGUAGGUCCAGAAGGAAGGCUAAAAUUGCCCACAGUCUCAUUGCCCAAGAUGGGGAAAACGGGUCUCAGCCUGGAAAGGCCUGACGCAACCUUGGACAUCUCUGCCACGUCGGUUGAAGGAAACGUGAGCCUCCCUUCAGCUGAAGUGAGCCUUGGAGGUGUUGAUACAAAACUAAAAGGACCCACGGUCUCUCUACCUGAUUUUGAUGUAAACCUGAAAGGACCAAAAAUAAAGGCAGAUUUGGAUGUUUCAAGCUCCAUUGAAGGGCAAAAGGUCAGCCUGGAUGCACCAGAUGUUGACACUGGAGGUUGUGAAGGAAAGUUUAAAAUGCCAAAGUUUAAAUCCCCCACUGUGGAGGGAGCUGAUCUGAGUAUGAAAGGAGGCAUUGGAUGCUCCAUUCCACAAACGGAAGCUGGCAUAAAAGCCUUAGGUGCAAAUGUCGAUCUCGGCAUUCCGAGUGUCAACAUCAAAGGGCCCUCGGUGGACGUUUCUGCUCCGGACUUUGAUGUAAACCCGAAAGGACCAAAGUUGAAAGGAGACCUUGAUGUUUCUGCUGGCAUUAAAUCCCCCAAAGUAUCUGUGGAUGCUCCAGAUGUUGGCUUUGAAGGUCUAGGUGGCACAAUUAAACUCCCUUCCCUCAAAAUCCCCCAGUUUGGCAUUUCCAGCCCUUCUGUCGAGGAUUCUGAUAUGCGUAUUAGUCUCGGAGGACUGCAAGAUAAAGGAGGCCUUAAGGGCUCAGGGGUUGAUAUUGGGUGGGGAGGACCUGAUGUGGAAUUGAAAGGGCCUAAAAUUCAAAUGCAAUCACCUGGUGUUUCCUUGCAUGAUGUUGAUUUGAAGUUGAAAGGACCAAAUGUAGAGGCUGACACAGAUGUCACCAGUGAAAUCAAAGGUCCAAAAACUGAAAUGGAAGUGUCUGGCAUCGACAUUAAGAAGUCUGGAGUGGGUGUCCACCUUGACACUCCUGUCUUUGAUGCAUCUGCACCAAAACUUUCCCCGUCAGAUUUUAACGUGAAUUUAAAAGGGCCUAAGAUCAAAGGUAGCGCCACCCUUUCCGGAGAUGUGUCGGCAGCUACUGUGAAUGCUGGUGGGGGUGCUUUUCAUGUUACUGGACCAAAGGUAGGAAUUGGAGCUCCCAGCAUUGGUGCAAGUAUCCCACAAGGUAGCCUAGGAAAAGUAUCGUUCCCUAAGCUGAGAAUGCCUAAGUUUGUAUUUUCAGACCCUGAGAUAAAGGGCAGAGAAGUAGGGGUUGAUGUAGAGUUCCAUCAGGCAGAUGCUAGCCUUCAUGCCGGUGCUGUAGAGCUUGAGUUGGAAGACCCAGAUAUCAGACUAAAGAAAUCCAAAAUUAAAAUGCCAAAAUUCAAUUUUACAAAACAGAAGGGAAAGAGUGGCAGUGCCAUGGGCUCCCCAGAGGCUUCUGGGUCCAUUUCGGGAUCAAAAGGAGAUCUGAAGAGUUCCAAGGUGAGCCUGGGGUCUGCAGAGGGUGAUCUAGAUGGAGGAGAGGGCCCAUCAGCCAAAGGGAAAUUUUCCCUCUUUAAAAGUAGGAAAACACGUCAUCGGUCGUCAUCCUUCAGCGAUGACCAUUCUUCCCGUUCAAUGCCGACAGGAACCCUGGAGCUUGAUGUCAGCUCAGGUGCUGACAAAGGGAAGCAGGCCAAAAUGAAAUUUGGAACGUUUGGGGGAAUAGGGUCAAAAACUAAAGGUUCUUACGAGGUAACAGGAAGUGACGAUGAGACGGGAAAGAUGCAGGGUAGUGGGGUCUCAUUAGCAUCUAAAAAGUCACGCCUGUCAUCCUCCUCAAGCAAUGAUAGUGGCACAAAGGGUGGCUUCCGCAUGCCUGCAGUGGAGCUGACAGUUGCGAAAAAGAAAGAGUAGUGUGUCUGUACAUAAGUGCCUCUGUAUAUAGAUAGCCCUUCCUGGGUUUGUAUAUACAUUUUGUAGCUUGGGAUACUUUCAACCUCAGCAACAGAAUGAGCAAGGCCUGGCAGGAAAUGUCAUGUCCUGUGCUGCCCGUGUGACAGGGCAGUGCUUCUGGGUAAGUGACAGAGGAAUCGAAAGGUCAGAAGGGAGGCAGGGAUGGGAAGAGAGGUGAGAUGGAUGCAUAGUCCAUCCAAUGCAUUUGAAGCUUCUCUGUGCUUGAGACUUUGGUUUGUGCAGCAAACGCUGAGAUCUUAAAUUUACUAGCAAGCUAUUUUGAUAUUUUUCAUUUUAUUGAAUAUUUUCAGUGUUUUGGUUAAUGGAAAUCUUUCUUCCAUUUUAAUGAUUUUUUGGCUUUUAUUUGUGGAGCUUAAGUUUCUGUCACAAAAACGGAUAUAUUGAAAAUAUUGUAAAAUAUAGAUGCAACUGAGAUUGUCAAUUUAAUUCCUAUUACGGGGUAGAAAAAAUAAUCCAUGUAUUUCCCAUGGUUUUGUUGCUUAAGGACAUGGUAUCAAAUAACCUCAGGAGUCAUGCAGUGAGAUUGAAAGGACAGUUAAAUGAACAAAUAGCUGACCCAGUUUGUGCAGGAAGUAUGUCUCAAAGAUCAUUGCAAAUUCCCAUUGCAAAGACUGGGCAUGAAUUUUAUUGAUGUGUUCUUUGUUGCCUGCAUACAUUUGUUUUAUUAUUUGUAUUAUAAGAGAAAGCUUGUCUCAGUUGUGGCAUAAAAACUUGCAAUGGCCACUCUUCUGGUAUUUGUUACAAUUUCUGUUAACAAGUGUAUCUCGAAUGAAAAAAGAAAUAAUCCUUUCAGCACUUUAAUGGCAAAUUAAUUGAGAAUGUAAGAAGGUCUUGUAAAAUGCAAAUAAAAAGUUUAUUAACCAUGACUCACCAAAA